AAUAUAAAAUGCAAAAGAAUUAUUUGUUAAACAGAAAUCUGAUUUUAGUCUCAAAUAAUUAAAACCAAAUUCCAAUUGCUAAUUAUUUUUUACAUUCAAAGCAUUAUAUAAGUCGUCUUGACAAUCUUUGGUUCUAACGUUCCUUUCAAAAUUUUUGAACGAGGAAAAGAGAUUACUGAGAGCAAAACGAAACCAAAUAAUUUACGAAUGAAAAACGAGGGUUUUCGCUAAAUAAACUGCAAGAACUACUUUCCGCUAUAGUCAUAAUAAAAAAAGACAUGUACAGUUUGUAAAAUGCAAAGCUGAAACAAUUUAUAUAUUUGUUGUCCUGAUUUCCCACGAAAUAUUUUUAUGAUGUGGGGACAGAACUCGAGUCGCAUGAGCCGCGAUCGUGCCAGUCGCAGUAAUUCAAAAUCCAAACUGAACUCGACAGUGCCUAUUUUACCAUCUUCACCAAUGGUGACAAGACGUAGACAUGAUAUAAACAGCUCUUUUAUAACGAACCAAAAUGGUGCCAUGCACGGGCUUGGGACUUCCAGUAAAAAUGCGCCAUCUGGAACUGGACCGUUAUUGUCAUCGCCUUUUAUGCCACAGAUUAAAAGAGCUCUUGGUUUGGAACCAAAACUACAGAAUAGAUAUGGUGAGCAGAGGCGACAUAGUUUUGGUAUUGGGACGACUGCAAAGUCACCAACUGUUGCAGCAGGGUCAUUGCCACAUGUGAGAUUAAGCAAAACAAGGAGGCUGUCACUUUCAGAAAGAAAUUCUUCGAUGUUGAAUAAAUCAAGUACUGUGAAAAUAGCUCCACCUGUUAUUGGGAAAGUUGCCAGCCCUAGUCUGUAUCAUAUGAGGUGUAAUUCAUCAAUACAAGAAGACAGGGGUACUCCGGACACAUAUGCUGUCAUAUCUGCACUAAAAGAAAGAAGAAAAAGAUCUAUAAAUACAUUUGAAGAGCACACAGAGCCGCCCCAGCAGCAGGCUAAAAGAAGGCGACAGGAGAGUCAACAUUCUAAUGCAUCCACAUCAUCGAUGCCUUCAAUGCCUGAAAACUUCCCUGAUCUUUCUAAUGCUGACUUCAGUAUGAGGCUUGAUACACCGGGUUUAAAAAGGCCGUCAAGGCCAAGACAGGAGGAUAUAGAGGAGUGGAACAAUAUGAACAGUUCAAAACAACAUCAUCAUGAGGGUAGAAAUAACUCUAUUUUGAGCAGUCUUAGUUCCAGUCAGAGGUUUAUAGAAAAUCAGAAGUCCAAAAGAAAGGCGGAGUCUAGUUUUCAUGAAAAGGAGAAUGACAGCUAUGUUGCUAAGUCUCAGAAAAAAGAACCUCCCAAGCUCACACACCUGGAUGUACAGUAUAACAUUGAUAACACUGCAAAGACAUCAGCUAUCCCGCAAGUGAAAGAAAAGUCUCCACAGAUGACCAAUGGUCACUCAACCUCAAUCUCGAAGAAAGGAGAAGAAGCAGAGAAGACAAGUCAGUCCAUGAAGACAGUUGAACCAUCAAAACCUCCUGUGCUACCGAAGAUGCCGUCUAUGAAGAAAACCGCCAGUAUAUACUCUGGACUGAGUUCACCUGCAAGCUUCAAAAAGGCGCAGUAUGCUAAUGUCGUGGCAACAUUAGAUGAUUAUGAUGCUGACAGGGAAGCCGAGAACCAGAGAGUGAAACAAAUGCUGAAAGACUUAGAUGAGUCAUUUUCUAAGAAAGAAGCUAAAAAAGAAACACCAGUGACAAGCACAUCAACUUUGUCCACAGUAACAACAACUGUGUCUGUGGCAACAUCAACCCCAGUGUCUGUAGCAACAUCAACUUCAGUGUCUGUAGCAAGAAGUACUAGUGCAAUAACUCUGGAAACAACUAAACCAUCAUCAGUUUUAUCAGCUCUGGAAAAAUUGUCGAAGUCACCGAUACAAGAAACAGGAGGUAUAACGAGUACUGCAGCAUCCACUACACAGCCUAGUGUCUCAUUUAAGCCAUUGUUUGGUACACCCAGUGCAGCACAAAGUACAGUAAACAGUGUUGUGACUGGUUUACAGACAUCAAUGGUUUCAUCGUCUGGAUCCACUGCUGGUACUGGAAUAUUGGGUACCAGUCAGCCAGCUGUUUCAACUGGAACCAAGUCAAGUUUGGCUGAUCCUAGUACCUCAACACCUGGAGGGUUCACUUUUAAUAUUCAGAAGUCUGUAGGGGGAAUGCCAACUCCAGUUGGAGCUACUGCAGCUGCAACCAGCUUUGUACUCGGAGGAACGCAGGUGUCUAGUCAGAGGCAACCAAGUACUGGUGUUGGCAUUGUUUUUGGAGCACCCAGUACAACAUCAGCAGCACCGAGCCAGACACAGUCAAGCACUGGUUCUGGGUUUAGUUUUGGCUCAGUAGCCACAAGCACUGCUCCGCCUUCUGGUGCAGGAGGGUUCAGUUUUGCGGGAGCACAGUCAGCUCCAUCUACAACUGCUACAACAACAACAACAAAAGCACCAGGAUUUGGAUUUGCUGGUGCCACAACAACUACAGGAUCUGCUCCGGCUGCUACCGGUUUUGGGUUCAAUACUGGUUCUGUGCAAACAUCAGCUGCUCCAUCAGCAGGUUUCUCUUUUGCUUCUCAACCAGCAACAACAAUGUCAGCCGCAACAGGUUUUUCAUUUGCUUCAGCAGGGAGCACUGCGCCCUCUGCUGGAGGCUUUACGCUUGGGGGUCAAGCUGCACCAGCUGUUACUACAGUAGCAUCUUCACAGUUUGGAACUUCAUCAGCAGUUUCAGGUCCAACUUUCAACUUUGGUGGUGCUACCAGUACAGCUGCUUCUGGAUUAUUUGGGGCCAGUUCUGGUUCAACAUCUGCCCCUGGAGCUGCAUUUGCCUUCGGUGCAAAGCCAAGUACAACAGCGGUAGCAUCCCCAUUUGGAACUCCAGCUGCAAGUACCGCACAAAGCCCCUUUGCAGCCCCUGCAUCAACUUCACAGACCCCGUUUGGUGCCCCAGGAAGUACAGCUGCUGCGUUCAGCUUUGGUGCUGCUAAAACAACUGCAUCGGCUUCACCAUUUGCUUUCAAUGCUGGGUCUGUAUCUACCUCUGCAGGGAGCACCCCAUUCCAGACUGGACAGACCACUGGUUCUACUCCAGCAGCAACUGGUUUGUUUUCAUUUGGAGGUACAUCAACAACAGCAGCGCCAGCAUUUGGUGCCACAUCUUCCCAGUCUGUGUUUGGAGCAGUAAGUCAGUCGCCUGCAUUUGGUUCCACAAGCCAAACCCCAGCUUUUGGGACUACAGGUCAGACUCCAGCGUUUGGUGCUACUAAUCCGGCACCAGCCUUUGGAUCAACCAGUCAAACUCCCGCUUUUGGAUCAGCCAGUCAGAUUCCGGCGUUUGGCUCAACUAAUCAGCCUCCAGCAUUUGGUGCAGCCAAUCAGCCCCCAGCAUUUGGUUCAGCCACACCCACAUUUGGUGCAGCAACCAAUCAGAAACCCAAUACACCUGUAUUUGGGGCAACAUCAAACAAUACAAGUGGAUCUGUGUUUGGGAAUACAGGAAGCACGGCAACUGGGUUUGCCAAAUCUCAUUCAAUGCCGGUGUUUGCAACUAGCCAGGACAAUGCUUCUAGUACAGGUACAUUCAACUUUGGUGGCCCAGCACCUAAUGUGAAUCCAUUUGGUCAGGGACAGACAACUCCAGCGAAACAGACUGGUGCAGCAUUUGGGCAGGUUUCUAAUGAUACAACACCUAAAGCCCAGACUGGUUCCAUGUUUAAUUUUGGACAGACAAACAACAGUGCCGUUAAAGGCUUUGACUUCAGCGCAUCUGCUGCCCCUUGUGGUGGUCAGUCUGGUACUGGGGGAUUCAACUUCAUGGCGUCGGCCAGUAAUAUGCCUGUGUUUAACUUUGGCAGUGCAGGUGCAACGCCAACAGCGGGUCCAGGAUUAACUCCCGGCACAUUCGCCGUUGGAGCAGGAAGCACGGCUCCGCGUCCACCAAGGGCGGUUGCACGUGCCGCUAGGCGACGUACUCAAAGGAAAUAAUUGCAUUUCCUCACAUAUAUGGAGAAGGAUGGGAUGGAUAACAGAAAACAGACAUGUUUAUAAAGUGAUAGCAUAUAUACAAAAUAUAAACCUGGAUUUCUCUCACUGAUUAGAUUGAAGAGUCAAGUCAAGGAAGUAGACCGCUUUCACUGACAUUCCGUACAAGAGACUUUUCUCUGUAUAAAUGUCUGGAAAAAUUUAUUUUUGAAAAUGCUUUGGUGUUUAGUGAUAUUUUUUUUUGAAAUGUUUGAAUUACAAGUUGGAAGUUGUUGACAUCUGGUGAUGGUAAGAAUUUGUACCAGAUUUUGUGUUGAUGCAGAUCUCAACUAAUCAAUGUUUUGAUGAAACCAAAGCCAGCUUUGUGAUAUUUCCUCAGUUGUUCUCUUAGGAAAUAAUUAGAAAUGAAUGAUAACAACUUAUUCUAUUACGUGUUUGCUUGUGUGACAUCUGCAUAGUGCAAUACAAAGAUAAACUUUGAAGAUAUCAUUCAAAAUUGUGUUACAUUUCAGUAUGUUCUGAAGUUUAAACUGAUUUUUGUGACACAAUAAUUGGUGUUAUAUAAAGUUGGUGAAUUAUUGAAUGGAAAACGGAACUGCUGAUGCAGUUUUGGUGCGUAAUCAAGGGCAGGGUGGGGGAUAGGGGAGGGUGCAUAGAUAUUUAUGUCAAACAGAUUGAAAUUUAGACAGUAUGUAUUUUGUUAGUAAUUGAUAUUAAAAAGUGAUUCAAUGACUUCUU